AUGAACUUGCUAGGAAAUAUUUUCCAUAAAGACUCCCACUCUCAUAAACAGUCCUACGAUUUCGGACAAGUACUUGGACAAGGUGGCUUUGGCGUCGUUAGCAAAGCACACGAUAAAGAAGCAAAUAAGGAUGUUGCCAUUAAGAAAGUUCCUAAAAAGUCAAUAAAGAACAGAGAAGCAUAUAGGCGCUUGUUGAACUUUAUGAGGGACGACAUGAAGCAUCCUAACACUAUACACCUUAUCGAAUGGUUCAGCAGCUCAAGUUCCUACUACCUCGUCUUUGAACUCGCUUCGGGCGGUGACCUCAUCGAUAGGAUUAAUUCAGCUGGUGGACAUCUCUAUGAGGAUGAAGCACGUCAGACUAUUACUUCCAUUCUCCAAGCGACUCAGUACUUGCAUGAGCGAAAUGUACUACACAGAGACAUCAAACUGGAUAAUUAUCUAUACAAAUCGAAAGAAGCUCCAGCUAGCGAGGUUAUUCUAAUCGAUUUCGGUCAAGCUGUCCUGCUCCCCUCCAAUGACGUACAAUUACUCGAACCCUGCGGUAGCCCAACAUACGUAGCACCAGAAAUCUACAACUAUAGGGGAUACUCAUUUCCUGCCGACAUGUGGGCAAUUGGAACUAUCGCAUUCAACUUGCUCUCUGGCAGAUCGCUUUAUUCGUCUGCGAAUCCACACAUUAUCGAAGAUGAGACUAAAAGAUUCACUGAUGUGAAAUUUAAUGAUACAUUCUGGCAUGAUGUCUCAGAUCUAGCUAAGGAUUUCAUCAGAAAGUUGCUCACACCAAACCCAGUAGAUAGGAUGACAGUAGAAGAGGCUCUCAACCAUGGUUGGAUUAAGAACGUAAAGGCACCACAACAAGCAACAAAGAAAGUAUCAUUCACGCUUGAUGCACAUGCACCAAUUGCACGUGUGGAGAAAGGCGAUACAUUAAGGUUCAAUAAGGGCCAUAAACCAGACGAUCUUCUCGACCUGGAGGGAUCCACAUCUGGAGAGGCGACACCAAAACAACGUUCAGGAAGUGCAACACCUAUACCAUACGAUGCUAAGACCGUUAGAGAGCGUAACAAUGGCGAUAAAGUGAUGCUUCCUGGACAACUACAUAAGAAGUUGAGUAAGGUUGUCGAUGAUGACAGUUAAUAGUUUGUGUAUCAUAAUUGUUCUAAUUGUUCUGUAUUUUUAAUUAAUCACCGUUU